GGUUGUUGUUGACGUUGAGAGAAGGCACCGUCGUUGAAGAAGAAGAAGAAUCAUGCCGAAGAACAAGGGAAAGGGAGGAAAGAAUAGAAAGAGAGGAAAGAACGAAGCUGACGAUGAGAAACGCGAACUGAUCUUCAAAGAAGACGGUCAAGAAUACGCACAGGUAACACGUAUGCUUGGAAACGGACGGUUGGAAGCGAAUUGCAUCGACAACGAGAACAACAUCAGAAAACGUCUCUGUCAUAUCCGGGGUAAGAUGCACAAGAAGGUUUGGAUUGCUAACGGAGAUAUAAUACUUAUUGGAUUACGUGAUUAUCAGGAUGAUAAGGCUGAUGUGAUAUUGAAAUAUAUGCCGGAUGAGGCGAGGCUAUUGAAGGCUUAUGAUGAGAUUCCGGAAUCUAUUAGGCUUAAUGAAGGUAUUGCUGGUGGGAUGGAUGAUGAUGAUGCUGAUGGUGAUGCUAAUGAUUAUGUUCAUUUUGAGGAUGAGGAUAUUGAUAGGAUUUGAGAACUUUGAUUAUGAUCAUUUUUAUGUUUUUAUUUUUAUCAUUUAGUCGACUAUGUGAUCGAGUGAUAUCAUUCAUAUGAUAUUGCCAACACGAGAAUAAUGUUUAAUAGUUUGUUAUCAUCUUUCUUAUUGUUAAUCAUCAUGAUUUGUUUUGGCUGCCGUGUUCAGUUUGCUUUUGUUGUGUUGAUUGCAAAGUUGAAUGAUAAGAAUUAGGGCUUGCUUGGAUUGA